AUGAACAAAGAUUUGACGGUGAGUAUAUACACAAUGUUAUGGUUUGUACUAAUGUUUGGGACCAUCAGAGCAGAGAAGGACACUGCACUCUGCAAAAUUCUGGGGAGCCCAGAGAUUCCCCUGCUAUCUAAGGACGGAGAUAUCAUCAUUGGAGGAGUGUUCUCCAUACAUAGCCAAAUGUCCAAGCCUCCGCUCUCCUUUACAGAUGCUCCAGAGCCACUCAUGUGCUCCAGAAUAAAUUUCAGAGAAUUUCGUUUUGCCCAGACCAUGAUUUUUGCCAUUGAGGAGAUCAACAAUAGCAGUUCCCUAUUACCUAACAUCUCAGUUGGUUAUAAGGUAUUUGACAACUGUGGUUCAACACAGCUUUCGACAUGUGCCGUUAUGGGCCUGAUUAGUGGACAAGAAGACAUGUUGGCUAAAACCUGCCACGGACAGUCAUCUGUCCAUGCCAUCAUAGGUGCCUCUGAGUCCUCCUCAACUAUUGUGAUGCUUCACAUUGCAGGGAUUUUCGAAAUACCAGUGAUGAGUCACUUUGCUACAUGUGCUUGUUUAAGUAACAGGAAUAAAUACCCGUCCUUCUUCAGGACCAUCCCUAGCGAUUACUACCAGAGCAGAGCCCUGGCAAAACUGGUCAAGCACUUUGGGUGGACUUGGAUUGGGGCUGUUAGAAGUGACAACGACUAUGGUAACAGUGGCAUGGCCACAUUUAUUGAAGCUGCCAGUCAAGAAGGGGUUUGUAUUGAGUAUUCAGAAGCCAUCUCAAGGACUGACCCUACUGAGCAGGUGGCCAGGGUGGUCAGAGUGAUUCGUAGUGGCAGUGCAAAGGUUUUAGUUGCCUUUGUUGCCCAGAGUGAGCUGGAUGUCCUGCUGAGGGAAGCUCUAAACCAGAACUUGACUGGGCUGCAGUGGGUCGGUGUUGAAUCCUGGAUUACAACAGGGGAUUUUGCCAGAGCAAAGUUCUCCAGCAUCCUUGUUGGGUCCCUGGGGUUCACCAUUAGAAAGGCAAAGAUCGCAGGCCUGCGGGAGUUUCUUUUACAGGUUAACCCAAAACAGAACCCGCAAAACAAACUGCUGAGAGAAUUCUGGGAAACAACGUUUUACUGCACAUUUCAGCCCAGUGUGCAGGGUCAGACCCAGUGCACUGGCUCUGAGAGUCUACAGAAAGUCACCAAUCUUUUCACAGAUGUGUCACAACUGAGGAUAUCUAACAAUGUGUAUAAGGCUGUAUAUGCUGUGGCUCAUGCGAUGCAUAACAUGUUAAAAUGUGGACAAAACGAUAACAUCAUGAAUCAAUCUUGUACCUGGAAAGAUGGUUUAGACCCACAACAGGUUUUGAAAUCUCUUCAAGCUGUGAAUUUCACUCUUCAGUCAGGUGAAAGAGUUUUUUUUGAUAGAGCUGGAGACCCUGUAGCAACAUAUGAGCUGGUAAACUGGCAGAGAGACCAAGCAGGAGAUAUUGUGUUUGUGGCUGUGGGGUCCUACAAUGCCUCGCAGCCACAUGGAAAGCAGUUUACUGUAAACGGAAUAGACAUAACUUGGGCUGCUGGAUCCUUGAAGAAGCCUCAGUCCUCCUGCAGUGAGAGCUGUCCACCAGGUUUCCGUCAGGCUGCGAUUAAAGGUAAACCCAUCUGCUGUUUCUCCUGCCUCACCUGCGCAGCUGGAGAGAUCAGCAAAUUCAACAAUUCUGCUGACUGUUCACGAUGUCCAUUAGAAUACUGGUCAAAUGAGGAUCACAGCCAGUGUGUUCCAAAGGCAACUGAGUUCCUGUCGUACGGAGAACCCAUGGGGGCUGUCCUCUCUGCUUUCUCCAUAUCUGGAGCAAGUUUAACUUCAGUGGUGUUGUGUAUCUUCUUUUGGUUUCAUGACACCCCUCUUGUUAAGGCCAACAACUCUGAGCUGACCUUCCUGCUGCUCUUCUCCUUGACUCUGUGCUUCUUAUGCUCAUUAACCUUCAUUGGAGCCCCCUCAGAGUGGUCCUGCAUGCUGAGACACACAGCAUUUGGCAUCACCUUUUCCUUGUGCUUGUCUUGUAUCUUGGCUAAAACCAUAGCCGUGGUUAUUGCCUUUAGGGCUAAAAGGCCAUCAAACACCGUUCCUAAGUGUUUUUCCUCACUUCAAAGAAUGAUUGUUCUUGGCUGUACCUUUUUACAAGUGGUGGUUUGUGUGCUGUGGUUAGCUCUUGCCCCACCCUUUCCUAACAAAAACACAUCUGGUGGCAGCGAGCGGAUCAUUCUAGAGUGUGAUCUCGGUUCACUGAUAGCGUUCUGGGUUGUGUUGGGCUACAUUGGACUCCUGGCCAUACUUUGCCUCAUCUUGGCUUUUCUGGCUCGAAAACUACCAAAUAACUUCAAUGAAGCUAAAUGUAUCACCUUCAGCAUGUUGAUUUUCUGUGCAGUUUGGAUCACUUUUAUUCCAGCUUAUGUCAGUUCACCUGGGAAGUUCACUGUGGCUGUGGAGAUAUUUGCUAUUCUGGCCUCUAGUUUUGGAUUGCUUUUAUCCAUAUUUACUCCAAAAUGUUAUAUUUUACUGCUGAGACCAGAAAGAAACACUAAAAAGCAUAUGAUAGGAAGAAACCAAACAAAAUUAUUUUGAA